GGCGCCGGUGUCUCGGCGGCAGCCGUUGUGGGUAAACGCAAACGCAAGAACAAGGCGGCGGUGGCGAAUGAAGCCGAACGAAGACUACUUCUACGGAGUAUGGGCGCAGGAAAGAUGAAGGGGACCAAAAAGGCCGUAAAGACCUUGAAGGGCUCCUCCAAACCCUCGUCUUUGGGUCGGAAGCAGAAAUCAAAGAAGCGAGAAAACACUCCCUAUCUUCUUCUUCGUCCGGUUUCUACCACCAGGUGCACUCUCGAAGGCACUAUUCCUACGCUGCAGGGACGAAGUCGCCUUUGUGUUGAAACUUCCACCAACGCGGCUAAGCGAACUUCAACUGCAGUUGUGCAUAUGGGUCAUCGGUAUUCUGGUGAUUACGAGACUAUGAAGUGUUAG